AUGCUGUAAAAUCAUCUCAGCCUUUGUGAAAUCUAUUUUGAUAUUUAAAUAGCUUUUGAUACCACUAUUUUUUUUGGAUGAAAUAUUUUUUAUACUCUGGCAAAGCUUGCCUGAUUGCUCAGGGAUGCAAUCAAAGUGUUCUGUGUAUAAUCUUAUAUUCUUUAAGGGGAUGAGAGACAAAUGAGAUUCAAAUGUUCCUGCAUAGACUGUGACCUCAAAGAGGUUCUUAUAGGAUGAUGAUGCACAUCUGCGCCGUGCCUUAAACACAAGACACAUCUGCCAACACAGCUAAUCACUCAAUGUCUUCAUGCAGCGCUUUCUGAUUGUUACAACUCUGGUUAAUGUGUUUCACUUUCUGUUACAUGAUAAUGAGGGCUCAGAAUUAAUGUCGUUGAUACGAAACCAUAAAUAACAUAUACUUUCCAUUCUUAAAAAUAAAGGUUUUCAAUGGUGCUGCUUAUAUUCAGCAAAGAGCUUCUUCUUAUUAAGAACUAUUUAUGGCUAUAAGGUUCCUGAGUUGGCUAUAUAAAUAUAAUAUAUUUUUUAAAUGAGAUGUUUUUGAUGUUUAGGUUCUUCAGAUCUGUGUUUUGGAACAUUUUUCCUUUAAAGUAAAAUUAAAGUGAAAAAUUUAAGUAGGCUAGCCAUCAUCUUACUUAAUAUGCCUAAAUAUUUAAUAUUAUAUCAAAAGUAAUUUUAGUAAUUUAAGCAUUACAAAAAUAACAACUUUAAUGGAAUAUAUAUAUAUAUAUAUAUAUAUAUAUGCAUAUGCAUAUGCCAAACAAAGUAUUACUAUUGCGGGAAGUAUUAUACCUGUACCUGAAGCCUUUAUUUUUAAGAGCCCAUUCCCACACAGAGAUCAUUUAGUAUGUAAUAAUUAAGUUGUUGUUGUUGUUGUUUUUGUUUUUUUCAAAGCAAGCCAAAACAUGAAGUGACUGGACAUUUGUAUGCAUGUGAAUGUUUGUUUGUGAAACAGAAGGAUGUUUGUGUUGUAAGCGCUCUCAAACUUGUUUUAUUUUCCAGUAAUAUUUCAGCAUGGUUUUUAUUGGAGAAUCAGCUCGUGUACAGAGCAGAGGCUGUGGGAGGUUUUGUUUUGGUUGUUAUGGAGCAUUAAAUAAACUGCAUUGAAUAAACUGAACGUGUAGCGCCGCCUGUUGGUGAAUUGAUCCACAAGACACAUGAAAGGAAUUGUUUACAUCACCAUGACAACAGCCAGUGUUUGUGGUCUCCAUGGAGACCGUUAUAAAUAAACCUCCUCAGGGAAGCACAGCAGUCCCAUGAGAGAACGACGUAACUUAUUUUAUUUACUUAAACCUUUCAAUUAUUUGAAUCUAGAUUACGGUAAUAAGCCAUUAUGUCUAUAAAUACAAGACACGGGCUUCCUUUCCUGCCAGGAAACUCAUUUCGGGAUUUAACGAAAUCCGCUUUCCACAGAGCUCAGACUCUGGAUUUUAAGAACGGUUACGCUCUGCCCCGGCGGCCCGCGGUCGGUACCGGACAAGAUCCGCUGCUGUCGGUGAACAUCAGUCACGGCGAGAGGAACCAGCUGAUCAGAGACAUCCCGAACCUGACCUACGGCACCGACACACACCGACCCCCGCCGCUAGACUUCAGCCCGGCACACGCUGCUUAUGACAAAAAGGUGCUCCGUUUCUACGGUUACUUCCGGCAGGAAGUGUUGCACUCCCCGGAUGAGCACUUCCGCAUUCGUCCGGUGGUGAUCUAUUAUCACCUGGAGGACGACAGCAUGUGUGUGACCGAGCCACCGGUGGAAAACUCUGGAAUUCCUCAGGGAAAGCUGAUCAAACGUCAGAGGCUGACCAAAAACCAGCACGGAGAUCUGUACCACUGGAAAGACCUCAACGUCAGGAUGGACAUGAGUUUGUUUGGAACGGUCUACAGGAUAACACACUGCGAUGCCUUCACACAGGACUUCAUGGAGAGUCAGGGAAUAGUGUUAAACGAGUCGGAGUCCAUUCCCAGUGAUCCGUACACCAUCCGCCGCAUUCAAGCACAACAAACCCACUUCAUACCCUAUGACCACAACCAUCAGCUGGAGCGCUUCCUUGCUCUGGAUCGACAGGUGCUGCGUUUCUAUGCGCUCUGGGAUGACACAGACUCUCUCUACGGGGAGAAGCGUCCCGUAACACUGCAUUACUAUCUGGUGGAUGAUUCUGUUGACAUCUGCGAACAUCACGAGGCCAACAGCGGCCGGGACCCAUUCCCAGUGCUGCUCAGCAGACAGAAGAUUCCCAAACACAUCAAAUCAACCUGCGAGCCGUUCCCCACCUGUGUUCUGGAAGUUUCUACACAAGACGUGAAGGAGUAUUUCUCUCCUGAAGACUUCAGGGUCGGUGAGGAGGUCACGCUGAUGGGGAGGCGCUUCCUGCUGUAUGACUGUGACGACUUCACCAGGAAAUACUAUGAACAGAAUCACCCCGACAUCUUGCUCAAACCACUUACUGUAGACACCAGAACACAGCAAGACAUCAAGAGGGUGAUUCCUCCGUAUAACGGCUUCGGUUCGCUGGAGGACUCGAUGCAGAACUGCCUGUCCCUGAUUCCUGAACCGCCCAAGAAAGACGUGAUCAAACUCCUGGAGAACGACAACAAAGUCCUGCGUUACGUCGCACGGCUGGAUUCCCAGAAUCCCCUGGAUGAGGGCCGACGCUUCAUUCUGUCUUACUACCUGUCAGAUGACAUGAUCAGCGUCUUUGAGAGAUCAACACGUAAUUCCGGCAUCAUCGGAGGAAAAUUCCUAGAGAAGACUCGUGUCCCAAAACCAGGAAGCUCCGUGGAAAACCCUGAAUACUACACACCUGCAGACUUCUCCAUUGGAGCGACUGUGGAGGUGUUCGGUCAUCGGUUUGUCCUGAUGGAUGCCGACCGUUACGUGUUGAGGUACCUGGAGUCACUGUACAAUCACAUCCCUGAACACACUCUCUCUUCCCUGAGACAGAAGUUUGGGGUCAGUCAGACCUCAGACCAGGAGGAACAACAUGAAGGUGCGACUGAUGGAGCUGCGGUCAUCCUCCAGAGCUGAAAUCUACUCUAUAAUGUUACCCAUCAUCACAAGACACCAAAAGAUCAUUAAAGUCCUUUUUUUCAUGUUUGUGCUUUUUGAUGUUGAGAUUUCCCAAGUAUUGUGAUAUGAAUGUGCAAUAAAGACAGAGAUUAAAUGUAAAAUGCAACAUCAAAAUGAAUAAUCAUUUUUGAGGCUCGUUUAUGUAUUAUUUGACUAUUCAAGAACAUGUCCAAGUCCUGUUUCACCACAAAGUUAGAAGAAAAAAUAUUUUUGCUUAUGAACCUUGGGCUGGAUUCAUCUCAUGAAAAAAGUUAUAAAAUCUUGGUUUGUAUGAUCCUAUGUGCAACUCUGGAAAGUUUAACUACCCCUGUUUUGUUUUUCUGUAAAAUUACAGGUUUAGAUGUCUGAUUAGAUUGUAUUCUACAUAAAGAUGCCUCGUCUAACACAAACUAAAAACCUUGAAAGGGAGAAAUUUUUGAAUAUGUGUGAUAUACAUCAGAUCCCAGAUGCAUAAAACGCUUAGACUAGACUCAUCUAGAAGAAUGUUAAUUUUUAGAAACACUUUUUUCUUAAGAUUUUUCGGAAUGAGGUAAAAAAUAUUUUUAGAAAAUAAAGUGACAGUUCAAAAGAAAUGUAUUCCUAAAAUAUUUAGUAAAUCCAACCCCUUAUUCUCAGUAUCAGUAUUUUUUGCACUAGUGAUCUAUUCCAUGUUAAGUAAAUUUCAGUUGUGUAAUUGUAUAUCCCAUGGUGGUAGUUGUAUUGAAUUUAACUUUCUAUUUUUAACAAGUUGUCCAUGCAUGAUUUUAUUGAUAAUUAUUUGGAUUACUGAUGAGAACUAGAUUUUUUUUUUUUUUUUGCACUGGAAAUUAAGCUCACUGCCCCCAUACAAAAAUAAAAGCUCAUU